AUGGAUAUUCAACCCAAGAACAUGCUAUCAAGCAGACAACAUGUCAAUAUUCCACGACCCUUAUGGGAACCUCGACCAUUGACAUCGGUAAUAUCAACGGCUCAACCAUCAUUACAACAGCAUACAUCAAUGAAGAAAAAGAAAAAGCGAAUCAAACGAUGUCAUGGUAAACGAAAAUUACGAUGUUUCAAAAGGAAAUGGCGUCGCCGAGGUCUAAAAGUUCCAACCAAAGAAAUACCAGAUAAUAACAAUGAUCAACUACAAAACACGGCUACGACAACAACGAAAAAUUUGCAAACAAAAAAGAAAAAAUCGAAUAAACGUAAACGAAUAGUGACUUCAAUUAGUUCACGAUCAAUGACAGAACAAUUACCGAAGAAGAUAAAGAAGAAAAAUGUGAACAUUAAUCUGACUACAAUAAAGCCAAAUUAUCGGUUACCAAAAUAUUUAACAAAAGCACCCAAUGUACUUUUUCAAAAUCUACGUCUACAAUUGAAACAGAAAUUAAAUGUCAAGAAAAAACAAAGAUUUAUUCAUUGUCGACUUCAAUUGUUUGAUCACCAACAACGUCUAGAUAUUCAUCGAAAUUUAUGGCAAUCCUAUUUAACACUAGGAUCUGAACAUCAACUAUGGCCAGAUCAAGUCUACAAAAGGGUUAAAUCAAAUGAACAUGCAUUAUGUCAACAAUUUGUUACAAAUCGUUUGUCUGAACUUCAGCAACAAUAUGAUCAAUGUAUAACUGAAUCAAACAUACAAUCUCAAUUAUGUCCACCCAAACUAUUACCAUUGGACAAGACCGAUCACAAUCUUAAAGAAUUUGUUCAAUUGCAACAAAAGUAUUUAUCAAAUAAAAUAAAUUCUCGAUUGACAAGAUAUAAGGAUAAAAUACAUGAAGAGGAGUUAUUUGAAACUUUAUCCAACUAUAAUCUUAGUAUUGCACAAAAAAAUACCACUGAUCAACUAGUACAAUUACGAGAAAUACAAUUACAAGCCUUCGACGAAUUUCUUCAAUUGGAAACACGAGUUUCAAUACAAUUUUUACAGGAAGAUUUUGACAAUUUACAAUAUUUUAUUGCACCAAAUCUUUAUUCACCUUUCAUUCAAGAUUCGAUGCCUAUAGAAUUGAAACAACAAGGGGGAAUCGGCGGAUUGCCAGGAUUACCAAUCCCAUGGAAAUCCCAGAAAUCCCGGCAAUCCCAUAGAAAUCCCAGAAAUCCCGGCAAUCCCAUGAAAAUCCCAGAAAUCCCAUGGAAAUCCCGGCAAUCCCAUGAGAAUCCCAUAGAAAUCCUGGAAAUCCCAUGGGAAUCCCAUGGAAGCCACUGA